ACCUUUUCUACAGGAAGUGACGUACAGCGUUGUGUCGGGUCUUUUGUCGUGUGGUAGCAGCUUCGACAACCAUCCAAGAUGACUACAGCUGCAAGACCAACAUUUGAGCCUGCGAGAGGAGGGAGAGGUAAAGGAGAAGGUGAUCUGAGUGCUCUCUCCAAGCAGUAUUCCAGCCGAGAUCUUCCGGGUCACACUAAGAUCAAGUACAGGCAACCUACCCAGGAUGCCCCUGAGGAGGUGCGUGCCCGUGACUUCCGCAGGGAGCUGGAAGAGAGGGAGCGUGUAGCUGCACGUGAUAAGACCAGAGAGAGGGGACCAAGAGAGCACACCACAUCAUCAUCAUCUUCGUCAUCAUCUUCAAAGAGGCCCAGACUGGAUCAGAUCCCAGCAGCCAACCUUGAUGCGGAUGACCCUCUCACUGAUGAUGAUGAGGACGAGGACUCUGAGGAGGACAGUGAUGACGAUGACACUGCAGCUCUUCUGGCAGAACUGGAGAAGAUCAAGAAGGAGCGGGCUGAAGAGCAAGAGCGCAAAGAGCGAGAGCAAAAGGCGGAGGAGGAGAGGAUUCGCAUGGAGAAUAUCUUGAGUGGCAAUCCAUUGAUUAAUUUGGCGGGGCAACAACAGCAACAACAACAACAACAACAACAGCAGCAACAGAUGAACCAGAGUCAGAAUACAUUCAGGGUCAAGAGAAGGUGGGAUGAUGAUGUUGUGUUCAAAAACUGUGCUAAAGGAGUGGACGAGGCACGGAAAGAGAAACGCUUCGUCAAUGAUACACUGCGCUCGGAGUUCCACAAGAAAUUUAUGGAGAAAUAUGUAAAGUAAAGUACUUGAUGUGUGUUGAUUUGACUGUUUCUUUUUUUUUUUUUUUUAUCUCAUUUCUUUGAUUUCCUACUUCCAUUUGUUUUUUAGCAUUUAAAAUUAAAUGCAUCAGUCUCUGUACAGUCAACAGGUAAAAUGUUGUAUAUAAAUGAGUUGAUGAGUUACAUCCUUUGAACAAAGCUCAAAACAAGGUGGAUUUCUUUUCUUCUUUUUUUUUUUUUUUACUAAUUUGAAUAAAGAAUGGCUUGGGUUUCAAGAAUUUCUGUGAGAAGGAUUGAUAUGGAGAAUGAUCUGAUUUUCAAGUAUUUAUUCUACCUUUUGCUUAAUUUUUUUUUCUUGUCUAGGUACUGAAUUUAUUCAUGGUCCAUUAGUGAGCAAUAUCUUAGAUAAAUAUAAGUUUUUUGAUGAAAUUGGUUACAUAUGAUCAUAUAAAUACAAACUGCUCUGAACCUUGGAAAAUUAAGUUACUUGAGCUGGUGAUAGAAUGAUAAUGAAGAACUUAAUUCAGAAUCAUAGUUUUGUAACCAUUUUUAGUGAAUAUUAAUUACAUUGCAUAUCCAACAAAUUAUAAGGACAUUAUGUUCAUGUAAUUUUGUAUUUCAGGUUUUCUACAACCAAAAUAUUAAAUGGACUGUCAGAGAUAAUACAAUACUGGCAUCAAACAUUAAAAUCAAAACAUUUA